GUGAGUGUAGCAGUUUUAAGAGGCUGCCGUGGAUCUGCUGCUGAUAUGGAGACUCUUACCAUCCACAGACACUGAUCGUGCAACUUUACUGAGCCGACUGAACGGAUUACGCGCUUUCAUGGCUGCUCUCCUGUCACAUUAACAACUCCAAAAAUGUCCAAAAGCCUGAAGAAGAAAAGUCACUGGACUAACAGAGUCCACGAGGUUGUGUUAUCCAGGGGUCCGAGUGGUGAUCUUGGGUUCGAGCUGCAGGGAGGCGCGGAGAAUGGACAGUUCCCCGUUAUUGGAGAGGUGAAACCGGACAGGGGCAAACUGCACCAGGACGAGCUACUUCUGGAGGUCAAUGAUACUCCAGUGGCCGGACUGACCAUCAGGGAUGUGUGGGCUGUGGUCAGACACUGCAAAGACCCUGUCCGCCUAAAGUGUGUCAAACAAGGAGGUGUUGUGGAUAAAGAUCUCAGGCAGUAUCUCAACCUGCGUUUCCAGAAGGGCUCUUUGGACCAUGAGCUGCAACAAAUAAUUCGGGACAACCUCUAUCUUCGUACAGUACCCUGUACAACCAGGCAGCCUAAAGAAGGAGAGGUUCCAGGAGUGGACUAUAAUUUUGUGACCGUUGAACGGUUUCUGGAAUUGGAGAGAAGUGGAGCUUUGCUGGAAAGUGGAACUUAUGAAGAUAACUAUUACGGCACCCCGAAGCCCCCGGCAGAGCCCAGCCCACUGCUGCUGAAUGUAGCUGAGCAGCUGUUGCCAGGUGCUACACCCAGAUCCCAGGGCAAACGCAGACGUAACAAGUCCGUCAGCAACAUGGAGAAGGCUGGCAUCGAGCCGCCCGAGGAGGAAGAGGAGGAGAGGCCCGUCAUCAACGGCAACGGAGUGGCCAUCACCCCAGAGUCCAGUGAACAUGAAGACAAGAGUACGGACGCCUCAGGGGAGAUGCCCACCACAUGCCCCUCCGAAACCUCUACAGAUGCCCCUAAAGAAGAGACAGAACCACCAAAAUCGCCUCUCAAACCAGAGGAGAAUGACGAGCUGGGUCCUCUGCCAGAUAAUUGGGAGAUGGCUUACACUGAGAAAGGAGAAGUGUACUUCAUAGACCACAAUACGAAGACGACGUCCUGGUUGGACCCCCGGCUUGCGAAGAAAGCGAAGCCCCCUGAAGAAUGUAAAGAGAAUGAGCUUCCUUAUGGCUGGGAGAAAAUCGAUGACCCUGUUUAUGGAACCUACUAUGUUGAUCACAUAAACCGAAGGACUCAGUUUGAGAAUCCAGUUCUUGAGGCCAAGAGAAGAUUGCAACAGCAGCAGCAGAUGCAGAGUCAGGGCUUGUCCUCUCUCCCCCUACCCACCGUCUACAGAGAAAAGCCUCUGUUCACACGGGACCCCACACAGCUGAAGGGCAGCUUUCUGUCUACAGCCCUGCAGAAAAGCAACAUGGGAUUUGGCUUCACUAUCAUCGGGGGUGACGAACCAGAUGAGUUCCUUCAGGUCAAAAGUGUCAUCCCGGACGGGCCUGCUGCACAGGAUGGGAAAAUGGCUACAGGAGACGUGAUUGUCUACAUUAAUGAUGUCUGUGUCCUGGGCACCACCCACGCUGACGUGGUGAAGCUUUUCCAGUCGGUGCCAAUCGGACAAAGCGUAACCCUCGUCCUUUGCAGGGGUUACCCGCUUCCAUACGACCCGGAAGACGCAGCCAACACUUUGCUGUCCCCCCUCGGCCUAAUUGAUCGCUCUCUGCUGGUCAACGGACGGAAUAGCUACGACAGCUACAUGGAGUACAUCUCCCGCACCGCUCGCUUCGUCGACCCAAUGCAAGCGACGUUGGUGCAGCCUCACCCUGGAGACACCCACCUGGAUGCGGGACCGCUGGAGGACAGCGUCUCAAUGGCGUCUUCAGGAGCAGCCGGAGGAGAGCUGUUAACGGUUGCCAUGGUGAAAGGGGCAGAUGGGUUUGGAUUCACCAUAGCAGACUGUAAUGGAGGACAGCGGGUGAAGCAGAUUCUGGAGGCGCAGGGAUGCCCAGGGCUGUGCGAGGGCGAUCUGAUUGUGGAAAUUAACCAGCAAUCCGCACUAACGCUGUCACACACACAGGUGGUGGAGCUGCUAAAAGAGUGUCCUGUUGGGGCGGAGGCCACGCUGGUUGUGCAGAGAGGAGGGGCAGGUCACUUUUCACCUUGGAAGACCUCUAAACAGGUCUUGGAACAUUGGGAUCCUCACAGCAGUCCCACAGCCAGUCUAUCUAUUCAUGCUCUCCCUCACAGCGCUCCAUAUCUGCACUGGCCUUCAGGUCCAGAGUUUGACCUGACCAAACCUGACCCCUAUGACCUCUAUGAGAAGUCCAGGGCUAUCUAUGAGAAUAGGCAGCCAGGGCUUCCUCGAGCAGCUCUCCCAGUUGACCCUUCCGCAUCAGAGUUCCAGGAGGUGGAGGUGCACUUGCGCAGACAGAAGUCCGGUUUCGGCUUUAGGAUCCUGGGCGGAGAGGAACCAGGACAGCCUGUGAGUCCGGAGGCUCAGGAGAAGAUCCUGAUUGGUGCAAUCAUCGAGAAGAGCCCAGCAGAUAAAGACGGGCGUCUCCGGCCAGGAGAUGAGCUGAUGUCAGUCGAUGGGAUCCCUGUGGCUGGAAAACCCCACCGUUACGUUAUUGACCUCAUGCAUGGGGCGGCCCGGACUGGGCAGGUUAAACUCACUGUACGACGGAGAAUUCAGCCCACAGGUGAACCCUGUCCAGAGAACGGCCGCAGUCCUGGAUCGACCCAGCACAGUUCCCCCAGGAGUGACUUCAACUCCAGAAUGUUCUGUAACAACUCUGCCCCCUCUCAAAACUCCGCCCCAUCUACCACAGGCUCCUCCCCACCAGACACUGUAGCCAAUCAGAAUCUGCAGCCUAGUGAUGUCACCAUCCAGCGCAAGGAGAGCGAAGGGUUCGGAUUCGUUAUUAUCAGUUCUCUGAACAGGCCUGAAACCGUGGCUGCUGCUGUCGUGCCUCAUAAGAUCGGCCGGAUCAUUGAGGGAAGUCCUGCAGACCACUGUGGGAAGCUCAAGGUUGGAGAUCGCAUAUUGGCCGUCAACAAUCAGUCUAUCGUCAACAUGCCGCAUGCUGACAUCGUAAAACUGAUCAAGGACGCGGGACUCAGCGUCACACUCAGGAUCAUCCCUCAGGAGGAGACGAACAGCACGCCUUCUGCAGGCAGCUCAGAGAAGCAGAGCCCUAUGGCCCAGCCCAGUCCGGUUUGCCAACCCAGCACUGUGAAUCAGACUGCACCUCCACCUAACUCCACCCCUCAACCCAACUCUGCAUCUCAACCCAGCUCCAUAAUGCAGCCUACUUCAGAAGCACAACCGAGCCCUAUCACUCAAACCAGCCCAGCCAAUCAUCCCAGCUCAGUGACCCAACAGAACCCGCCCACCCAGCCCUCCGCAGUGCCAAUACAGAUCUACAGCCAUGACAGCAGCUACAGGUCAGAGGUAAAAGCAAGACAGGAUGUAAAACCCGAUAUUCGACAGCCGUUCACUGAUUACCGCCAACCCCCAGUGGACUACCGACACCCUCCUGUAGCAGAUUACCGACAGCCGCCAACGCUCGAUUACAGACACCCCCCACUGCUGGACUACAGGCAGCUGUCCACUGACCCUCGCACAUUCCCCUUACCGGACUACAGGAUGCCACAGGAUUUUGAUUUCUUCACGGUUGAGCUGGAAAAGGGUAUGAAAGGUUUUGGCUUUAGUAUCCGUGGAGGCCGCGAGUAUAAGAUGGAUCUGUUCGUUCUGCGAUUGGCUGAAGAUGGACCAGCAAUACGCAAUGGAAGAAUGAGGGUUGGUGAUCAGAUCAUUGAAAUAAAUGGGGAGAGCACGAGGGAUAUGACCCACGCUCGGGCCAUUGAGCUCAUCAAAUCAGGUGGCCGUAGAGUUCGCCUGCUGCUCAAGAGAGGCACAGGGCAGGUCCCUGAAUAUGCAGAUAGUCCCGCCCCCUGGGAUGCUCACACUACAGCCUCCCCAAGUCUGUCGGAAGUAGCACCACCCCUCGACAGCUUAUCUAAUCCAUCAGCUUCUUCUCAUGUGAACCCACCCACCGACCCACCUCAUACAUUGUCCUUGGAAGCACUAGGUCCAGACUGUUCCCAGGGUCCUAGAGGCCCAGAGAGUAGGGCUCUGGAGCAGGCCACUGUGGGGAAGAGGUCAGCCCUGGCAGGUGGAGUUGGGGGUGGGACCAAGCAGAGGGAGGGCAGCAGGACCAACCGUCGCUCUAGUGGAGGGAAGAGUCAGCAACAAUACCUUGAUGAACUUGCGGGAGAGCCCAAAUCCCACAAAGGCAGCCGGGCAAAGUCCAAGGAGCGCAGGAGGGAGCGGAGCAACACACCAUCUCGAAAGCGAGACUCGCCCAAAACUUCUCCAACUGACACCAACAUGAAUGGGGGAAAUGGGUGCCUGGAUGGUAGCAACAACCAACAAGGAUCUCUGGUGCCAUUUAAAGCCCUACCAAAGGAACCAGAGAAAGGGCAAAUGAACCAAGAGAGUCGUCCCAUCCACAACUCCAAGACCAGCAGCAGUGCAUCAGGCAGGAAGGCCACAGUAUCCCCAGGGCCCUGGAAGAUCCCUGGUUCGGACAAGCUACCCAACACCCUGCGCUCAGCCACCUCCACCAUCAGCAGAUAACAUCUCAUCACAAUCUCAGGCCCAAGUUUAGACCUUACUUUUGGCCUUGACUACUUUUGGCCAAAUUUUGGACCAACCUUUGGCUAUGAUCCGCCUUGUUUUGGGACUGGUUGGGCUUGGGCUCUUCUUGAUUGCUUUUCACAGGCUUGCUCUACUUGAAAGAGAUCGUUUUUAACAUUGACUAGGUACCACCUUCCCACAAUCCUCACUAAAGAGCUUUCCAUGCAUUUCUAGACAGAGCAUUUUUUAUUUAUAUUUUAUUCUAAGUUAUUUUAACAGAUAUGACACCCACCACCUUAAGAACUGGAAGCAUUCACUCCAAAAAUGGAACCACGGUAGAAUGAGUGAUGCAUGUAGCGUGCAAAAAGAUUCCCAGACUUGUUUGAACUGUUGGGGAAAAGCACUCAAGACUCAGAUGUACAUGCAUAGAGAACCACUUACUGAGUCUGAACCACCACUGGUGGCUACAGCAAUUUUUAUACACUUUCAUUAAAAAAUGAAGAAUACUGAAGGAGUUGCCUGACAUACAGUUUUUGUGUAUUUGAAGAAUGAAUAUGAUUAAAAAGAUCCUAUAUGAGCGGACACUCGACUAUGAACUCUGCCUUAAAGACUGACCUGCAGAUGUCUGUAUAAGGGUCGGUAAAAUGAAUAUAGAAAUAGAUAUAUUAUAUGAGUACAUAUAUGUGAGACAUAUUGUAAAUAUGGUCUUUACACACCAUUGUGAGCCCAUACUGGAGUACUGAUAUCAUACACAGUGUAAGUUAGAAGAGUGUAAUCUAGAAUUCAUUCCUACUCCACUUUAAGGUGCGUUCCCACUGACAGCGAUAUAAACUUGAGUGGUUGCAAAUAGGUGUUCCUACUCAACUUCAAUACAGAACUGUAACAGGAAACAGAUCACAUGACCUUCACUGUCUACACUGACGUGUGUAGUUGCAGCCUCAAGUUGUGUCUCUCAAAAUCGCAAACUCUCAUUGAUGAUUUAUGACUACCAGUUGCUGCAAAUUACUGUCAGUGUGUACCCAAUUUCUGAAGGAACCGAUGGGCUUUGACCUUCUAUUGACUCUCAAACUAUUCUCCCUUUACGUGAGUACACGAACAAAGCAAUUUGAGUCCAAGAUGGUUUUGAUGAAAUGGUUUGAUUAGGGCAGAGUGCCUUAUGCCAGGGGUGUCCAAUCUUGCUCCUAGAGGGCCACUGUCCUGUAGCACUUACUGUAGCUCCGAUACUAAUUAUACACACCUGAACCAGCUAAUCAAGGUCUUCAGGAUUACUAGAAACAUCCAUGCAAGUGUGUUGAGGCAGGUUGGAGAUAAACUCUGCAGGACAUUGGCCCUCCAGGAGCAGGAGUGGACACCCCUGCCUUAUGCUGACCACUGGAUGCUUUAUUUGAGCUCUAAAUCCUAGGCAAUGACAUCAAGACAAAGAAAAAUGUAGGCUGCUAUAAAUUCAUUGGACUACUUGUUCCGUAGAAACUGUGCAAAAGUAAUGCCAGAUCUGAAUGAGUAUGUCGUUACAUCCGUGUCUCUGAAUGCUGACUGGUGUCUAGAGAUACCAGAUUAUGUCCACAGUAUAGAUAUAUCAAUAUAAAAUUCAAAGCUAUUUUCGUACAUAGAAAUAGAGAUGAGAGUCUUCUAAAAGAAGUGCAGAUAUUUAUUAAUGAUAUCUUUGACAGGAUUUCAAAUGUUUGUUGAGCACUUUGUCUUUAAGUAGACAUGUAUACAUAUAAAAUGCAGUACUGGAAAGAGUAUGCUGUGCAUCCAUUAUAUUCAUUGCAUAAGUGAAUUCUCAAAAUCCUGCUAUGAAACUAUGUUUAUUAGCAUAUUCCCCAUACAAAAGGUUAUGUGUUGGUAAGUCUCUAGUUCACAUGUCAGGGCUUCAACUCUCCGCUCCAUACAAGCGCCAUGCUUGUUGCGAAAACGUUGUGCUCGUUGCACCCUUCACAAAAGGGUGAUUUUAACAAGCCUGCUAAUAGCAAAUUCUGAAAGUACAUGAAAGAGGUAAUGUAUGCUAUUGUCAUGCCAUUCUGUUUUUUCUCAGAAUGUCAUUAUCCAUCUUGUGCUGUAUUUAGAUCUAUCUACAUAGACACAGUCUAUCAGCCUCUACUAGCUAGUAUGCUAAGAUGUUAGCUUGCUAAUCGAAGGCUAAAUGAAAACACAAAGAACCAAUUAAAAGGUAUCAGCUUAUGGAAUUUCUUUGACAUUUAUUUGGUUAUGCUUUGAAAAGGCCCAAGUAAAUGAGGUCAAAGUUGAAAUUGUUUGAACUUUAAGUGUCAUGUUACACAUCUGUGUGCCACACUCCUUAUGAAAAUUAUCCAUGAUUUUAUGACAGACAAAACCAAAAAAAAAAAAAACAGGGUUACUAUAGUUAAAACAUGGUAACCACAAAUUACCCAUGGUUUUGCUACACUACCCUUAGUUUAACCAUGAUAUUUUUAGUAAAACUUUGGUUAUACAAAUAUAUACCAAAAAACCAUGGUUACUACACUUUUACUAUAAUAAAAACAAGGUUAAUUUUCAUAAGGAACGGCAAGGUGGCUAAAGACCCAUUCACACCAAGGAUGAUAAUGAUGAUAACUAUAAAGUUGUAAUAAUCAUUCUAAUUCUAUGAGAGUAGGGUGAUGAUAUAACGAUGAAGCAGAGAAUCACUUUUAGAACUUUUUUUUUCCAGCUGAUGAAUAAAAUCCCUGACAGCCAGAAUCAGAAUCCACCACUUUAAAAUUUAAUUAGCAUUUAAAGCAGCAGAUGACAUAACUGCAUUGUUCAAUUACAAUAAACAGAAUGUUAUUGUGCAUUGAUAUGGAUGCUAACUUAGUUAUCAUUAUAGUUAUCAUUCUUGGCGUGAACAGGACGUAAUCACUCUAGCUUGAUUCUUUGCUGCAUUGAAUUGAAUGGAUUGGGAAACAUUGAUGCUAUUGAUCAUGUAACCAAUUAAUGUAACCAACUAGAAUGUUAAGGUGUAAUGGACCAAACUUUUCGUUAACAUCUGGACUUUGGAUUACAUUAUUAUUCUGUGAUUUCUUUCACAAUUCACUUUUUUAUGAGUUCAAUUGCUAUUAAUGUCACUGUCAGUAAUAAAUACACCAUUUCACUCAAAGGUGAAAUGAACUAGUGGCGUCCAACUGUAAUUCUGGUCUGACAAAACAAUAUGGUCUCAACCAAUUGCAUAAUUUUGAGGGAGUGUCUUAAUUGUUCAUGAGUUUAUACUGAUUUUAUAACUGAUAGUGGCACAGAAAUUAUACACUUCACUUUAAAAAAAAAUACACAACAAAUAUGUCAAGACCCCAGUGGUGCUUCAUUGUGUAUUCUUCCUGCAAUACUGUCAAAAGUGUUGUACAAUUAUUCACAACUUUUAUAAUUUUGUUCACUUUAAUUAAUAUAUACAUGUCAAUUCAAGUUCCUGUGAAAAGGACCCCAGACAAGACCUCAUCCAUUCUAUCCAUUGUCAUAAUAUCGUCUCUAUUAUAUUCAUCUCCCACAGAUAAAGCGAUGACGGGUUCCACUGACGCUCUUUGACAACUGUUGUAGAUGACAAGGAGAGCCGACAAUGAUCUAGUCAUUACAAGAUAGUGCUAACAUUUCCAUGAUAAAGACAAAUUAAUUGAAGCAAUCCAAAAAUGAGUGUGCCUCUGUGGCUAUUACAUUCAGAGCGGUACAUCCUUCGAAAUUCCAGACAGACAAUGACAUUGUCAAAGCAAAUGUAUUUUCUGUAGAGUACCAGCAAAGAUCGUGUGUGCAUAUGAAUGAGUUGGAUCACUACAAAUGCUAUGAUAUCUCUAGAAAUUUGGUUUAAGUAUGUAAGUUUUUAAGUUUUAUGAAUAAUGGAACAAGGCAUCUUAAGACCAGAAAAACAUACUUUAUGCAAGUACGCAAAUGCAGAAACAAGUUUUAGCGCAUUUCAUUGUACACCCUUAGCAUCUAUUUUUGCUACUACAGCGCUAACAAACCUCCGUACUCAAGGGGGCGACAGAACUACCUUCAAAUGUCUUUACUAUUGAACAGUGUGUUGUAAAGGUGCACUCGAACUGUUGUUUGGCUCAUUUUUGUGGGUGAAAUUCAUUUACUUCAAUAGAAAUCUACACGCAAUCUGGAUUUUGCGUGAGGGCGAAAAAUAGAUUCGCAACAGGUUCAAGUUAGUCUGCUCGGUUUGUGUUAGCUGUACUUUAUACAUCGCUACUAGUGACAAUUAACCCUUUUGUCUUUGAAAAUUUGUUAGUCAAAACUUCAAACUUUAGCUUCAUUACAAAAGUUGACCCUUGAAAAGAACACUGAUGCUAAAUUAUGCUAAUACCACAUUAAGAAUGCAAUGUGUUACGUGCAUUCUGACACAUUUUGCAACGCAACAACAAGAAAAAAUUGAUUCAUUUGCGUAGUUAACAGCAUUUGCAUUCAUGUACUUGUUCAGGCUGUGUUUCUGGCCCUAGGGUUUCUUUUUCUUUGUUGUUUGUUUGUUUAAAGAGAGAAUAGUGUCAGUGCUUUCACACUGCUUUUCCAUAGAUUUUGUCUUGAGUUUGCCAAAUGCUAAAGAGAUAUUACCUAAAUGAUUAAACCCGAUAAAUAACAUGAUUUAAAAUUAGAGGAUUUAUCAGUAAAGCCAUGGAGGCAACGCAAUGCCCAAAAGGGGCUCUGUAUCACUGUGUAGAACUGAAAGAAAAGCGUGGUUCAUCCUGUACAGCUUAAAACUAUAAAUAUGACACUAUGUACUAUGACCUAGUCACAAAAACUGUAAGUGAGCUAUUUUUAUGAAAUGCAACUCAAUGGAUAUAUACUUACUUUUGCAGAGCUCUUGUUUACUGUAUGAUAUUUACUGAAAUACUGUCAAAUAAAACCUUGACAUGGU